AUGAAUUCGCCGUUUGGAGAGGUUUUCCUGUUUCUAACAGACUUAGCUUGGAAGAGUCGCGUGACUAUUCCAGUACUUGUCACAACAGUCUUCCUCAUCAUGGACAUUCGUUUACAAAUCGAAAUCAAUAUUCAAUCGGGGCAGCCGGCAGUUGAAUUCCCCGACUUGGAUGAUGAUUCCCUAGAAGAAUAUCCAACCGAGAGCGAUGAUGACAUCGACGAUGACGAGGAUGAAGAUGAUGAUGAUGAUAUUGAAGAAAGCGAUGUUCUAGAAGAUUUAGGAAGAUUAACACAUUGACACAAAAUCAUAAAAUAAUAAUCUCACUCAAUUAUUUGUUGUUCUUUUCUCCUUUUUUUUAAGUAUAGGCAAAUUAAAUAAUAUUAAUCAA